AUGCGGUUCUCUUCUCCUCCGAACCUGGGGUCUGUAUCCCGACCAUUGGUACCUGUCCAGGCUGUUGUCACCUUGCUACUCAUACAAUGCGCUUCAGCCAAGAUGGCCCCCUUGGGCCAGACCGUCGAGAUCAAUGACGUGGCAUAUCACAUCCACCCAGAUGCUAUCGGCAGACUGGAAUCGUGCUAUCGCCCUAAGCCCAGCAGCGGCGGGGUGCUCCCGUACGACCUCCUUCCCAUCACCAUCUUCGACGUGGGACAGUCCCAAUACAACGAGUCUUCACUGAAGCAGUGGAUCGCUUCGUAUUUGGCUAAAGAUGAUGUCUUCAACGAAGGCUUUCUUCAAGGAACAUAUCUCCGAGUUCCAGGCCCUAAACCGAACAUAGCCUUGCCGGAUGCCUCGGGAGACUCAAGAAUAUCAUUCAUUCGCCCCAUUGAAGCCGGUGCCAUUGACUGCCCGGCUGGACCAUACAUGCUUUCCCAGUCAACUGGCGAGCUAUUUAUGCCAUACCGCCUGUACUCUGACACUCAAGGCUCAUUCCACCAGGGCGUAAUCGCUGCUAAGGGCGGCCGCUUUGAACCCCUUAGUUCUUCCCUUGCCGGAUCAUCCUCCGUCACCAUCGGCGUGCCCUCCCGUCUUUAUUACAAGCCGACCGCUCAGAAGCCCCUCAGCGGUGUCCGUCUUGGAGUCAAGGACCUGUACGACCUAGAGGGCAUCAAGACUGGAGCUGGAAGUCGCGCUUAUUACAAUAUAUACCCCGAGGCCAACGUAACUGCGGUUCCCGUCCAACGUCUGAUUGACGCGGGUGCAAUCGUCAUCGGCAAGAUGAAGACGACACAGUUCGCUGCGCCCGAGUUCGCCAGAGACGCCAUCGACUAUCAGGCGCCGUUCAACCCCCGCGGCGACGGGUAUCAAGAGGUGGGCUCGUCGUCCUCUGGACCAGGCAGCGGCAUGGGUUCGUAUGAAUGGCUUGAUCUCGCUCUCGGAUCCGACACUGGGGGUUCCAUUCGAGUACCGGCUGAGGACAACGGUGUGUUUGGCAACCGACCUAGCCACAACAAGGUCGCUCUCACCAAUACUGUCCCUCUGGGCCCGCAGUUUGACACCGCCGGUUUCCUUGUCCGCGAUGCCAAGCUCUGGAAGACAGCGUGCGAAGUCCUAUAUUCUGAUCUGACGACCAACUAUACCAAAUAUCCCAGCAAGAUCCUAACUUAUGACCUACCAUCCACUGCGACUGAUAAUGUCUCGAACCUGGUCGUCUCUUUUAUUGACAAGCUCAGCAAGCACAUCUCCGCAACUUCCUCAGCCUACAAUUACACCUCGCACUGGUCCCAGACCCAUCCCGCGGGCACCCCAUCUGAUGUCCAGGAAUUUGUCGGCAACACUUGGGCGAUUCUCACAGCCCAGGAGCAGAUCAAGUUAGUCAAGGAGCCCUUCUUCAAGGCAUACGCAGCCAAGUACAACGGCCGCCAGCCCUUCGUCAACCCAUCUACCAAUGGAUCCUGGUCCUGGGCGGGCUCUCAGUCAAACCAGGUCGACGUGGCGGUCGCCAACAAGACCGUAUUCAUGGACUGGUGGAACCAAGUGGCCAUGCCGCCCAACCGUGAUUCCUGCUCGGACAGCCUGUUCCUGUACAUGUUCAACAAUGCGCAGCCCGCCUACCGCAACACCUACACGGGUGCUGCCAUUGGUACCCAGGGUCUCGCGGGCGUGCUCCUCGGCCUCAACACGGGUUUCAUCUCCCCAAUGGCGGGCAACCCUGAUUUCGUCGUCCCCAUUGGCGAAGUUCGCUAUAAGAGCACCGUCACUGCGCAUGAGGAGAAGCUCCCCGUUUCUAUCCGCAUCAUGGCCGCCCGUGGCUGCGAUCUGAUGCUGCUGGAUCUCAUCAACGAACUGGUUGGCGCCGGCAUUAUUCCGAAGGUGAACACUGGUGACUCUCUUGACGGAGGUCCUAUCUAUAUUUAA